GCGGUGACACGCUGCCGCUUUGAAUUAGACCCAAGUCCGUGGCUCUUCUCUCUGGGGUCAUUUGAUGGCAUGUGAUUACGAUGUUCACUGUCCAAAGGCUGGAGCUCUUAACUGAAUGUUGCUAGACAAUGAAUUACUUCACAAACACUGAAAUAUAAAAAGUAUUCAGAGCCAUCCAAGUAUGAGGACAUUAUUAAUUUAUGCUUUUCUCAAGAGAGCUACUUUAACAAGAAAGAAAAAUCCACGUCCCACCUUCGUUCUUCUCCCUAAAGUAACGUCUCCUCCAAAAGACAAAGGAGCACUAACGCAUUUGUCCUUGAAAGGCGGAGCCCAGGAAUUCUCGAGUUCUGAACACUCCCUCCCUUUCUGCUAGGGACCAAACCGCCUGCCUCACUUGGUGUCACAGAAGGUCCCGGUGCGCCAAGCAAAUGUGUUUUUUUCUGCGGCCCGCCACCCCGGUGGGGAAGGGGAGUACCCUGGCCGCCCCACACUUUCCCCGCUGCAGCUUUCCAAACAAACCAAGGCAGGAUGGGAGUGUCUUCUUGGCUGUGGAACUCGAUCCUCCUACCUUGUCCUGAAGCCACCCGCUGCUUUUCCCCGGCCCUCCCUUCGUGGUGAUUUUCCUGUCCGGGACGCCCGGGAAGGGCGCGCGGCUGGUGUCCGCCCAGCCCGAAAGCACUUGCAAGUGGAGAAGCAGCCCAUCCCUUUAUAUUGGGUGAUUGCUAGUGGAGAAGCUCUGACAAUUUAGCAGACUGGCUCUUGGGCCUCUCUGACCCUUACCACAUCCUUCGCCUUCAGGAGCAGAGUGACCUUCAGGAGCAGAGCGCCUUUGGGAAACAGAUUCCUAAAAGUGCAGGUGGGCCAGCCAUGAGAGGGUACCUUGUGGCCAUAUUCCUGAGUGCUGUCUUUCUCUAUUAUGUGCUGCAUUGUAUAUUAUGGGGAACAAACGUCUAUUGGGUGCCACCUGUGGAAAUGAAGCGGAGAAAUAAGAUCCAGCCUUGUUUAUCAAAGCCAGCUUUUGCCUCUCUCCUGAGGUUUCAUCAGUUUCACCCUUUUCUGUGUGCAGCUGAUUUUAAAAAGAUUGCUUCCUUGUAUGGUAGCGAUAAGUUUGAUUUGCCCUAUGGGAUAAGAACAUCAGCGGAAUAUUUUCGACUUGCUCUUUCAAAACUGCAGAGUUGUGAUCUCUUUGACGAGUUUGACAAUGUGCCAUGUAAGAAGUGCGUGGUGGUUGGUAAUGGAGGAGUUUUGAAGAAUAAGACAUUAGGAGAAAAAAUUGACUCCUAUGAUGUAAUAAUAAGAAUGAAUAAUGGUCCUGUUUUAGGACAUGAAGAGGAAGUUGGGAGAAGGACAACCUUCCGACUUUUUUAUCCAGAAUCUGUUUUUUCAGAUCCCAAUCACAACGAUCCUAAUACUACGGCGGUUCUCACUGCUUUUAAGCCGCUUGAUUUAAAGUGGCUGUGGGAAUUGUUGACGGGUGGCAAAAUAAACACUAAUGGUUUUUGGAAGAAACCAGCCUUAAACUUGAUCUACAAACCUUAUCAAAUCAGAAUAUUAGAUCCUUUCAUUAUCAGAAUGGCAGCUUAUGAACUGCUUCACUUCCCAAAAGUGUUUCCCAAAAAUCAGAAACCCAAACACCCCACAACAGGAAUUAUUGCCAUCACGUUGGCCUUUCACAUAUGUCACGAAGUUCACCUUGCUGGUUUUAAAUACAACUUUUCUGACCUCAAGAGUCCUUUGCACUAUUACGGGAAUGCCACCAUGUCUUUGAUGAAUAAGAAUGCAUAUCACAAUGUGACAGCGGAGCAGCUCUUUUUGAAGGACAUUAUAGAAAAAAACUUUGUAAUCAACUUGACUGAAGAUUGACUCUACAGACUCAGAAGACGAUGCUAACAGUAUUAGUUUUAUUUUUAUAUGGCAGUUUUUAGUUUAUUUUUAAAUAUGUUGGAUGCACUUGUCAAAAAAUUGUGUAUAUUAAGUCUGUUGCUGCCUGGUGAUUCAUAACCACCAGCUUAAUUUCUGUGAAUAUAUUUAAUUUAUAAAAACCAAGAUAUGUUUAGUUAUCAGGGAAAGUUUUGAUUGCAUUGUUUUUAAAACAAGCUAGUUUUCCGAAGUGUUUCUAAACAUCUUUUUAUAUUGACUUCAUCUUAGACUUUUGAGGGGAUAUGACUUCCUAAUAAGGGGCUUUAGCUGACCACAAUUUUUGAACACAUUUGGCUACUCUAAAUUGGUGGGGAAUGGCCAUGUGGUUGUGCCUUGAUACGGCAGACUGGAGCCACUUUCGGCAUGUAGCUAGAUGAUUGUAUUGUACCUGAGGAAACAGAUUUGAAUCUUAAAGCAGCCCUGAACACAGCAGUAGGUAUGGUUAUGGAAAUCUAAGAUCAGACUGGUUUCAUUAAGCUUUUUUUGUCCUGCAGUUAAGUAAACCAUGAUUGUAAUGAGUAAUCUGGAAGGUGUGUUUUUAAGGUGAAGGAAAUAGACUAAACAUGAAAUUCUGGACGAGUAAAUAAGCUAAGAAUGCCACUUACCAAAGCCUGGUGACUGCAUUAUUUUAAAGCUCAUACAAGGUAGCAGAGCUAGGCAAGCUCAAGGAAAGCAUUAUUAAAUUUUUUGCCUGGCCCAUUAUAUUAAAAUGUGAAAGUUUACUAUUGGAAUUAAAUUAGAAAAAAAUGAAGAUAAAUCCUUGAGACUCCUCCUCAAGCUGUUUCUGGAUUUAAAUGGGACUUUCAUGAGAGAUUUCAACUUCAAAGGGGAAGGCUUACCUGGCUACCUAGGGUGCAUCAGAGAAGAGUCCUACUGGAUGCAAACAAGUCAAAACCAACCCUUCGAACAAAUGUGAGCUAGUGUCCCUUCUCAUUUAAUCCAGCCCAUGGCUAUGGGGAGGGAAAAAGGAAGAGAAGAGAAUUACAAGAAGGAUGGAAUUAAAAGUUCUCAGAAGAGGUAAGAGUUGAAAGAACUGUUAUCUUUUGAACAAUAAUUAUCACUGGGAGUCACGCUGGUGCUACUGGGAACCAACCAGCCUCUCUAAAGAUUAUGUCAAACGCAGUAUAAGAGAGGGGAGAAAACUCCUAGUUGAUGUAAGCCAGAUCUACACAUGAAACGUGGACACUAUUCUGUUAGCACCAGCACACUUGCACAGUACCAUGGUUUCACUGGAUUCCUCCAGUAACUGAGGUGGAAAACAUGGGUGUUCGUGUGACCCUGCCCUCCUCCCACACAGCCAGAGUUCGCUGCUAAAUUUCAGUCUGUGAACUAAUUUAGGCUCCAAAAAUCGAUGGUCCUGGCUGUAGUAAAAAUAAAAGACCACUGGUAGCAUUUUCAAAUGUUACUAUAAGGUUUAGAAUAAUGGCAGGAUAAUUUCUGACUGAUGCUAAAACUGAGAAAUCUGGCAUUUUGUGUAGUAUGAGAGAAGGCUACAAACUUCAACAUGGUUUUAUAUAAGCCCAAGGAAAGUCUCAGCAAGACACAUAUAUACAAUUUAUUAAAAACACAUGAACACAUUAAGAUCUCACUAUUUAUACAAUCUAGAUUCUAGCAACAUAUACACAUACUGAGUGACUACAGUACAUGCCGAGGUAAGAAAAGUACAUUCCGGGAGAAUAUCACUGACCCUCAAGCCAUUUUUAUUUCCAAUAUGUAUUUCAACAUGUUUUGUUUCCACCUUUCCCAGUGCCAAAAAAGGAAAAAAAAAAACAAAAACUAGUCAUAAAUUGGUGCCACAGUUGAGCUAAAAAGUAUGAUAAUAACCAUCCAACUCUUACUAGAUUUUGCAGUUCAGGGACUUCAAGUUCAUGGCAGAAAAGCAGAGCUAGAAGGCAGUUUUUUAAAGGUAGAGCUUAGUUAUCUCUCUUUAAAGGGUUUGAAAAGUUUUUGUCCCACAAUCUAUUAGUUCUGUCCUUUGACCUAUUGUUUCCAUAGCCCUUUUGCUCUCCAGGUUUUAAUGUGGGGCCAAGGCAAAGAAGUUCAAGCUUUGUCACCUUCUAUAGAAUUUUAGAUGAGUGCAUUUUCUGCUGGGGGCAGGGAGGGUAAGAGUAUACAUGACACCAUAGUUUCAGCUGCUGGAUAAAUUCUCUACACCAGCCUUUUCACCAGCAGAUAAAUCCACUGUUCAAUGCAAAGUGCAAAUAGUGAAACAUGAAUUUAAAUAACUGGACUAGACCCUAAACAUACAAUAGGAUCUAUUUAGUGUUACAGGUUCUAAAAAAUAUAAAUCAGCAUUCACAAUAUCUUUAACUGGGCUGGUUCCUAAGAUCAUGUAACAGUGAAGUUGGUGUCACUUUAUGAAAACCUGUAAGGGCCCUACUUUGCUGUACCUCUGUUGGAGCCGAUCUUUAAAAUUGUGUUAACAGGAAAAAAAAAUUAAUCCAAUAAACCAGAGUGACUUAAAUCUUUAAGAUGUUUCAAGCAGGGAAUAAAAAUUCAAGGUAAUUUAGUAAAGAAAAAAAAGUUACUUUCACAUUUUCAGUUGAUUGUCUCCACAGCUGCAUCAGACAUAAAUGUAGUUAAAACCCAAAACAAAACUCUAAUACGAAAACAAAGGAACUAAAAGUACAAAAUCAGAAUAACCCUUUGUAUCAGGCUCAGCUCUUCAUUUAAAAAGUAAAUAUACAAAAGCAAUAAAAACUAUUUUGUACAAAAUCAUUGGUAGUUUAAGGACCGCACGGUGGCAAAAACAUGCAUCAUUUAAGAAGAAAACAUUUGCCUCUCAAAAAGAGUUCCAUGGGAAAAUCAGGUGCACAAAAUUAAAUGAAAACAAUCAUCUUUGGGAGAAUGAGAUAAUUUCUCUUAAAGCUUCUCAAACAGGCAUGUGAUUGGAGAAGUAUAUUCACUGUGUACUGAGGAUGAAUAAAAAAAUAAAUCGGUUUACUCUCUUCCCACCUGAAAGGGGAUGACUGCAUUAAUACACGUGCUUUACACAUUCAUGUCUUAAUAAAAGUUCAACAUCUGUGCUUGUUUCAAAUGUUUUGAAACAGUAUAUUUCUUCAGUGAAUAAAAUGAUGCCUCAAAGUUUGUCUGAAAAAGCAAAUGAAGAUAACACCAACAAAAAUAAUACUAGAGGGCAGAGAGGCUGUAGAAAUAAUUCUGCUUUUGAAGCAAUACUUUAGAGUGCUGAUGUACCCAUGGAAGCAAAUGAAAUGAACACUGUCUUUUCUCACAUCUAGCAAAUUGUGGAAACGACUGGGGGCACAGGCCGCAAGAAAUGGCUAGAACCUGAUGGGAAAUUGUAUGUUUUAAUCAUAGGGCCAGCUUCUCAGCCUGCCAAAGAGUUUUAAAGAUUCUUAACACUAUGGGCUAACAAAUUACAGAUGACUUUUAUUUCACCCAUCUAAAACUAGUUCUGGGCAAAUAGUAAAAACGAAGUUGCCUGGAAGUAUCAAAAACAGACAUCAAUAUUCACCUGCUGCUAGAACAUCUGUUCCACAGGCCUGCGGUGAAGGACUGUCAAAACUCCCGUGACACAGAGUGGGCACACUCACACAGAGCUGAGGAAUUCAUGCUGGCUUCCUAUUUCCUUCAGUAUUUCACUGUGGAUAUUAAAA